UUGACUCCAAUGGUAGCUAACUAAGAAUUAAUAUGUUUUACAGAAUCUGAUGGCACAAUCAAACAGGUCAAACUGAGUGUGAAGGAAGCUAUGAAGCCACCUAACGGAAGAAAGGCCGUACUCAGGUUUAACAGUGCACUGCAACCAGUUGGGGAUGAAGCAGGUCUACUGAGUGGCGUUAUGGGACUGCUAGGAUCUGACUACACCAAAUUCCCAAUCUGCGAGAGGGACUGGAGAAAGGUUCGCACCAGGGACAAGGUCUAUAAUGAAAUAGUAAAGCAAAUAUUGAAAACCGCCCAGAUGGAAUUACUGCAGACCAUUGGAGAAAGUUUCUCGAUUAUCGCAAUAGCGAAGAGACACAGGAGAAGUGUAAGAAAAAUACCGAGAAUCGAUCAAAGCAACUUUACACCCACACCGGCGGAUCGAAAAGCUUGGCAAGGCUCGGAGAAGAAGAGUCGGAACGACAAGGGAGGAUAGUUAGUAGAGGAGAGUUGUAUCUCUUAACGCACAAAAGAACUAAUGGCUCUUAUAUCCAUGAUGCAGCUCGCGCUAUUGGAGUAAGUAAUGCGUUCAAUCCUAUGUUUUAGUUUUUAAAAUUUUAUUGGAAGUCUGUGCGGUUAGCGACUAGCUAAUAAAUGCUCUUAAUUGCUUAUCUAUGUGUGUAGGAAAGAAUUGAGGCU